CGUGGUUGUAGUGGGGACUUUUAUUUUGACAUUUCUCCCUGGCUUCAAUGACGUUACCUUACAUCGUCUACAGCUCCUUCGCUUAUAAUGCACUUCUGCUAUCUUUGAUUUCAUAUUUCUGUCGUUUGUGUUUAAUCUGCUAUGCUGCCUGUAGUGGUGGUGCAUGGAGGUGCUGGUCAUGUUCCUAAAGAAAUAGCUGAACUCUCUACUAUCGGUGUAAAGGAGGCAACCAGGACUGGGUAUGCCAUCCUCCAGAAGGGUGGAAGUGCCAUGGAUGCUGUAGUUGAAGCAGUGGCCCUGAUGGAGAACAAUCCAAGAUUCAAUGCAGGUCGGGGGUCAGUGCUAAAUGUGAAGGGGGAGGUAGAAAUGGAUGCAAUGGUAAUGGACGGCAGGACACUAGAUAGUGGGGCUGUUUCAGCGGUCAGAAGAAUUGCUAACCCCGUGCAACUGGCCAGGCUUGUCAUGGAGAAGACCAAACACUUGUGUCUGACAGCUGAAGGUGCAUCUAAGUUUGCCAGAAGCAUGGGUGUACCAGAAGUGCCUGAGGAGUCAUUGAUCACAGACUAUGCCAAGAUGCGCUGGAAGAAGAACCUGGAGCCAGAUGCCAACCCUGUGGAAUGCCAAAUGGGCAAGAUGGGAACAGUCGGAGCAGUAGCUGUGGACAAAGACGGGAACAUUGCUUGUGCCACAUCCACUGGUGGAAUGAUUAAUAAAAUGGAGGGUCGCGUGGGAGACACGCCGUGUGUUGGAUGUGGUGGUUAUGCAGAUAAUAAUAUUGGGGCAGUCUCACCCACAGGUCAUGGGGAAGCCAUCAUGAAAGUCACGCUGUCCAGACUCAUUCUCUUCCACAUGGAGCAAGGAAAGACCCCAGAGGAAGCUAGUGACCUGGCUCUUACGUAUAUGAAGGAGCGGGUGGAUGGUCUUGGUGGGGCUGUGGUGGUAGAUCCAAAAGGGACCUGGGCAGCUCAGUUCAGCAGUUUACAGAUGUCAUGGGCCGCUGCCCAGCAGGGCGAACUCCACUUUGGGCUGUACCAUGGUGAACACUUUGUUGAGCCUGUACAAGAGAACAUAUAAUGAACAUGUUCUCAUUUUUGGUUGAUUAUAUUUUCACAGUAAGUAUUGAAUACAAAAGGAAAUAUGCCUGCAAAUCAGUGUUUGUGUAAAAUACGUACAUGCCUCAUGGCAUUAUGCAUUUUGAAGUUGAUCUUCUCUACACCUAAAAGUAAAGCUAUGUAAGUCUUAAAUAUAUUGAUUGAAAACAUAUUAAAAAACUACUGCAACACUCCUUUUUGAGGGCUGUGUAACUGUCCUUAGUGGUAAUACUGUAUAUUCUCCACUAGAUGGAGAUAUAUGAUUUUUUUUUUGGAAUCGAGUGAAUUUAAUUUGUUGUAAGGUGCAGUGCACAUUAAAAGGGAUAGAUCACCCAAA